UUUUUAAAUAAAAAAUAAAAAAGUUGGAAUGGGCAAAAAAAAGAAUUCCAAAGACGAUGAUGAUACAGUUGAUACCUCCGAAGAAGUAAAAUCUAAAAGUGCAAAAGUAAAUAAGAAAAAAGUUAAUAAAUUGGAAUCUUUGAAGCAAGCAAUUGGAGAAAAUUCUGAUGAUGAAACAAAAUCCGAAGGACAAAAAAAUUCUGUGACCGAAGUAAAGAAUAAAAAAGUAAGAGGUGGAAAAAAAAAGAAAGAACUUUUAAAAAAUAUAGAUAAAGAAGAUUCGGAUAAAGAACAACAAAAGGAAUCUGAAGAAGAGGAUGAUAAUAUGACAAAAAAAAUUAAAAAAAGAAGAGGAAAAAAACCUGUAGUUGAAGUUACAGAUGAGAUGCGUGAAAUGGAGAUCAAAGAAGCUGCUGAGCAGCGAUACGAUUAUGAUAGUGAAGAAGAAAAAGAAGUUACUAAAGAUAGCUUAAUAGAAGAGACUGUUGAUAAAAAUGUUCCUCAAUUAUCACGGAAAGAAAAAAAAAAAGCAGCAAAGCAGGCAAAAUAUAAUGCUGAAUCAGCAGAGAUGGAGGGUGACGGGUCACAAUUUUCAAUCUCGCAACAAGAAUCUUCUUUAAAAGGUGCUGUUCUAGAAAAUGCUACUGAUAUAAAAAUUGAAAAGUUCAGCAUUGCCGCUCGUGGGAAAGAUUUAUUUGUUAAUGCUUCGUUAAAUAUAACUCAGGGUCGUCGCUAUGGAUUAGUUGGCCCAAAUGGAAUGGGAAAGACAACAUUACUUGUUCACAUUGCACGAAAUAAAUUGGCUAUACCGCCUAAUAUUGAUGUACUUCUCUGUGAACAAGAUAUUCAAGUAGAUGAUACACCUGCUGUUGAGAUGGUACUUAAGGCAGAUAAAAAAAGACUCCAACUCUUGGCAGAGGAAAAACAUUUGUUAGAAACAAUAAAUUCAAAAAAUGAAAAAGUGAGCGAUGCUGCAAACCUUCGGUUAAAGGAGGUUUAUGUAGAGCUCGAUGCUAUUGGUGCUGACAAAGCUGAAUCUAGAGCACGUCGUAUUUUAUCUGGUUUAGGAUUUACAACAGAAAUGCAAUCUCGACCAACUAAAAAUUUUUCUGGUGGUUGGAGAAUGAGAGUGUCAUUAGCAAGAGCACUCUUUGUUGAACCAACAUUGUUAUUACUUGAUGAGCCAACUAAUCAUUUGGACUUAAAUGCUGUUAUUUGGCUUGAUAAUUAUUUGCAGCAAUGGAAGAAGACUCUUCUUGUUGUUUCUCAUGAUCAGCACUUCCUUGAUAAUUUAUGUACAGAUAUUAUACAUUUAGAUCAACAAAAGCUGUUCUAUUAUAAAGGAAAUUACUCAUCAUUCAAAAAGAUGUAUAAACAAAAACUUAGAGAACAUGAAAAAGCAUAUGAAAAACAAGAGAAGCAAAUAAAAGCUUUAAAAGCCUCAGGAAAGUCAUCAAAAGUUGCAGAAGCUCAAGCUAAAGUCACAACAAGUCGGAAAAAAGAAAAAAAUAUGUCAAAAAAAGAAUUAGAAGAGGCAUCCACUCAACAAGCAGAGUUACUUUUCCGACCUAAAGAGUAUAAAGUAAAGUUUACAUUCAAAAGUCCGCCUCCUUUAAAUCCACCAAUAUUAGGAUUAAAAAAUGCGUCAUUUGGGUAUGAAGGUCAACCAUUAUUGUUUAAAAAUAUUGAGUUUGGUCUUGAUAUGAGUUCAAGGAUUGCCAUUGUGGGACCAAAUGGAGUUGGAAAAAGUACUAUACUAAAACUGUUAACAGGCCAACUUAAUUUGGUAGAAGGAGAACUAAUUAGAAAUUCAAGAUUGAGGAUUGGAUUCUAUAAUCAACAUUCCUCUGACCAGCUUACUCUGCAUGAGACAUCUGUUGAAUACCUUCAAAGAAACUUUAACAUGGAUUACCAAGAUUCAAGAAAACUUUUAGGAAGAUUUGGUUUAGCUGGACAUGCACACACUAUUCAAAUACGAGAUCUAUCUGGAGGUCAAAAAUCACGUGUUGCUUUAGCAGACAUGGCAUGUAGAGAACCUGAUAUUAUUAUUUUGGAUGAACCGACUAACAACUUAGAUAUAGAAUCAAUAGAUGCUUUAGCUGAAGCUAUUAAUGAUUUUAAAGGAGGUGUUAUUAUUGUAAGUCACGAUGCCCGUUUAAUUUUGGAGACUAAUUGUCAACUCUGGGUUGUUGAAAAUAAAACCAUGGAGGAAAUCGAUGGUGACUUUGAAGAUUAUAGGAAAGAAAUAUUAGAAUCUCUUGGAGAACAAGUUGUCCAUCAUUCUACUAAAUAAAUUCUAAAUCGUUAUUAAAAAUCACAUCUACCAAUCAUUCUAUGAAGAUCAAUUGUCCAAUAUUUAAAUACAAAUAAAUUAUAGAUAAUAUUUA